AUGGUCAAAGCUGUUGUUCUCGGUGCUGCAGGUGGCAUUGGCCAGCCGUUGUCUCUCCUCUGCAAGAUCUCACCCCUCGUUGAUGACCUCGCACUCUUCGAUGUGGUCAACACCCCUGGUGUUGCUGCCGAUCUGUCACACAUCUCCUCAGUCGCUGUACGUGACUUCAAGGGCGAGAAGCCAGAGACAGAAGAAGCAAAGAAAAAGGCUUUGACGGGUGCAGACAUUGUCAUCAUUCCCGCCGGUGUUCCUCGGAAGCCCGGAAUGACCCGCGACGACUUGUUCAAGACCAAUGCCGGUAUUGUCAAGGGGCUUGUUGAGGCGGCUGCCAAAUACUGCCCCGACGCAUACAUCUGUGUCAUCUCCAACCCAGUCAACUCCACUGUGCCCAUCGCUGCUGAAGUCCUAAAGGCAGCCAACGUAUUCAACCCGAAGAAACUGUUCGGUGUCACCACCCUUGAUGUCGUCCGAGCCCAGACUUUCGUGGGAGACAUCAUCGGCGAAAAAGACCCUCGUAAACUGGCCAUCCCAGUCGUUGGUGGCCACUCUGGCAGUACCAUUGUCCCACUCUUCAGCCAAUCCAAACCGUCCGUGGACAUUCCGUCAGACAAAUUGGAUGCUCUGGUAAACCGUGUCCAAUUCGGUGGUGACGAGGUGGUAAAGGCCAAGGAUGGUGCCGGCUCGGCCACUUUGUCCAUGGCUUACGCUGGUUUCCGGUUUGCCGAGUCCCUCAUCAAGGCCGCCAAGGGUGAGAAGGGCAUCGUGGAGCCGACUUUCGUGUAUCUGCCCGGCGUGGAAGGGGGUGCUGCUAUCGCUGAGGCAACCGGCUGCGACUACUUCUCUGUCCCUGUGGAGCUUGGACCCGCUGGUGCCGAGAAGGCCAUCAAUGUCCUGGAGAAGGCCAAUGACUAUGAGAAGAAGCUCCUAGAUGAAGCCAUCAAGGGUCUCAAGACGAACAUUGAGGCCGGCAUCAGCUUUGUGAAGAACCCGCCGAAGUAA